GAGCGAUCUCCAGGACCAUUACCGCUUCUGCCAGGCUCUGGGUCAACUAUGGCACGGCGGAUAGUCCGGGGAACAGCCUUUACUCGGCCUUUCGUGCCACCCCCAAUGCAAGGCAUGACGCAUAGAACUGGGUUGAAUUGCACAAAGAUGGGGAAGCUUGGCACCUCCAUUAGACGUGUUGGAAAAGCUUAAAAGCUUCUUUCACCCCAUUAUCCGGGGGCGACAGGAUCUAGAGCUUGCCGGCAGUCAAUUUCUACUUCAACAUGGCUGAAACUGAAGACUUGCGAAGACGGUACACUGGCGAGAUGGAGCUCGGUGUCACUGAGGCCGCACAGCAGCACAUUACACGACGCGUCGUCAGACCUCCACCAGCGAGUGCCGCUAGACUGGCCUUUGAACGUCGUCGACCCAAAUUCCUUCGUGAAAUGGCGGCCGAAGCUACGGGCGUCUUUUUCUAUGUCUUGCCUGGAGUUGCAGCAACAGCCUCGCAAACCUUUGCCAUCAUCAAUGCGGCCGAGUCUGCAGCUGCACCACCUGCUGCCGUGCUAGGCAGUCUCCUCAAUGUCGCAGUCGCAUUUGGCUUUGGUAUUGCAUUCGCCAUCAUCACAUCUGCCUCAACCUCCGGUGGCCACUUCAACCCAGCCAUUACUGUUGCUUUUGUCUUGUUUCAGGGGUUCCCCAUCAAAAAGGCCAUGCGUUACAUCGUCGCUCAAAUCUUUGGUGCUUUCUUGGCUGGUCUUUUGAUCUACGGUAUCUGGCAUCAACAAUUUGCAGCUGCACUCGCUGGUGGUGUUGAGAAGAGUACACUCAUUGGCAUCUUGUGCGCGUACCCGCUGCCGGACCAGACUAUCGGCUACCUCUUCCUUGUGGAAUUCUUUGUGGAUGCCUUCUUGGGCAUGGUCAUUUGGAGUGUCCUCGACCCUGCCAACCCAUUCAUCGCUCCAGCAUCCGCCCCUUGGGCAAUCGGGCUCGCUUAUACAGCAAUGGUCAUUGGCUUUGCAAGUAUCACCAUCAGCACCAAUUUAGCCAGAGACUUAGGAACACGCAUGGUAGCAGCGGCCUUCCUCUCAACCGAUGCUUUCACCUACAAGUCUUAUUCUUGGAUCGGUAUCCUUGUCAAUGUCCCUGCUACGCUAUUUUCUGUGGCUUACUACGAAUUUGUCAUGAAGGAUACGAUGACUCACAUUGCAGAGGGCCACCUUUCGCACCCAGACGAACACGAAGCUAAGCACUACAACGAGACUCCAGGCGAUGUGUCCCCGAAUCCGACCAUUCACAGACAUCGAAGUGGCGAACGACACAUGAGUGAAACAGAGGAAGAGAUCGGCGCAUUCGGCGGUACUCGACUUGGUCGUUUCUUGAGUAAUCGUCACCAUUCUGGAGGCUCAGGCAAGCUGGAACAACCGGAAUUCCGUGAGCAUGUUUAGUUGUUCAUAUGUUCUUGUACAUUUGUAGAAACGAAUCAACUUCCUGACUCACAUGAGAGAGGU